UGAUACCUUACCUAACCUCUUUGUAAACUAUGGCUUUGGAUAAAGCAUACCAAUGCCAGGAAAACCUACUAACACAGAAUGUUUUUUUUUUAAAUUAACCAGAUUUUCCAUAAUUGAUGGCAGCUGUAUGUUUAGGAAGACGGAUGGCUAGAUUUGAAGCAAAAAGUGGUCCAACAAAGUAAUAAUUUAGGAGUUGAGCGGCUUUUUAUUAAUCAAUAUUCUUCACCAAUGACAUAAGUUUGUUUUUCCGUUGAAUUGUACAGGACAUUAACUGUGAGGAGAGACUUUUUAGGUGCACUGUAGAAGUGAGGCAGGGCAUUGAACCGGACAGAAGACCCUGGAAGAGCUGGACUGGCUAAUCUUUAACCUGCUUGUGUUUUCAUGGGAAGUCUCCCAAGUAACGUUCCGCCUUGCACGUUUUUUUUUUUUUUUUUUUUGUUUUUUUUACACACAUCCUGUAAGACGCUACAAACAUUUUCUACUGCUGUUGGGAAGCUCGGUCUAUAGAUGUGUUGGAUCUUUAAAUCCUGACCCUGGAGUGGAAACCUUGUAUUUCUAAAAAUGCCAAACAAAGCUCAAGAGGAUGCUGUGAUCAACCUAAAGACGCUGCAAGAGAUUUCCGGACAGCUGGGUUUUGAAUGGACAGUUCUGGCUUCUGAACUUGGUUUCAGCAGAGCUGAGAUAGGCCGGUUUCACACCAGAUCGACAGAGAAGAGCGUGCAGGCCAAGCUGAUGUUGGAAAGCUGGUAUGAGAGGUCGUGGGACAAGCCAAACAAGACCAAACUGCUCCAAGACGGGCUGGAGCGAGCAGGCCGCCGGGACCUGUCAGAGAAGCUGCGCUGUCUCCACUGGGGUCACCAGAAGCUGAGCAAAAAGGUGGAGCUCCCCUCAGCCUUCCCCUUCAUCAUCACAGUCCAUAAGACCGUCAGCAACCAAGAUGGCCUGCGCAGAAUCAACGACCUCAGCCGCAGAUUCACCUAAAAAUGAGCCUCAGUGCACUCAUGCACUCUGAUUUAUUGAUCUUACAUUGCAUGUAUAAACUAUAAUACCAGACUAGAUUAAUAUCACUGACCAAACAAAAGAAGCGUCAUAAAUGGAGCUUCUUGUCUUGUGAGUAAAUACAGGAUAAAUACACUACAAUAAAAUUACAAUGCAGAUAUUAGGGCUAAUUUUGAGUUCUUCCAUUUCAAUGUUUAUUAGUUAAUCAUUAAGAUUACCUGCAAUUCGUUGUGCCGGUGGUUUGUUUUUGUUUUUUGUUACAUGGACCAUUUUUUUUGGUCCAUAAAAAGCCAGUACGGUAAUUAAUUAUCAUUAUUUGUCAUUGCCGCUAUUUACAGUUAUGUAUUGUUAAAAGCACAUUAAUAAACAUGUUUAAAAAUAAAAUGGGGUGACUGAAACCACUCAGCUUAAAGCUGGUUUUCUUUAAUCACAACAAAAGCUGAUUUGCUUAUCGUAAAAAUUAAAGGCCAAAACAAAUAAGGAUUCUUCCACUCUCUACCGUGGAAGA